AUGGAUGUGGAAGCCUCGUAUGAACACCUGCUGACGUCUGAGUACGCCUCACUUCUGGCGAUGGAGUUCGGCUGGAAUCCCGUCGUCAAUGACGAAGCCGCUUUUGAUAUAUAUCCGCCUCCCCCUCACCCUCAGCCUCCAACCCUUCCGCUCCGCCCACCGGUGGUGACUAUUAUGGGACAUGUCGACCACGGUAAGACAACACUGCUCGAUACGCUGCGGUCCGCAUCCGUCGCGAAGGGCGAGGCGGGAGGUAUCACGCAACACAUUGGUGCCUUCUCGGUCCCUGUGCCUGCGAGUGGCAGCGGUGGUGAUGCUCGAACGAUUACGUUCCUCGACACUCCAGGGCAUGCUGCAUUCUCUGCUAUGCGCGCCCGUGGUGCGGAGACGCGCGAGGUGAUCGAGCUCAUCAACAAGGAGAAAGUCGGAGUUGUCGUGGCUAUCAACAAGAUCGACAAGCCUGGCGCGGAUGCGAGCAAGGUUGAGCAUGCUCUGCUAGCAGCGGGCGUGCAGCUGGAGACAUUCGGCGGAGAUAUUCCCUCCGUGCAGGUCUCAGGCUUGACCGGGCAGAGUCUCGAUCAGCUCGUCGAGACCGUUUCCGCCCUGGCGGAAAUGCAGGAUCUGCACGCGGAGCGCGAGGGCGCCAUACAUGGCUAUGUCAUUGAGUCUAAGGUUCAAAAGGGUCUUGGACCUGUAGCCACCGUCCUGGUUCUGCGGGGAUGUUUAAAGCCGUCUGACCAUAUCAUUGCCGGUCUGGCCAACGGCAAGGUACGCCUUCUGCAUGAUGCAAAUGGGAAGUCCGUCAAGACAGCCUAUCCCGGAAUGGCUGUUACCGUCUCGGGUUGGAAGGAACUUCCGAAUGCAGGAGACGAGGUCUUGAAGGGAUCCGAGUCGGAGAUCAAGAAAGCGCUCGCGAAUCGCGAGCGCCAAGCGGAUCUGGAGGCGACGUUGGGCGACGUCGAGAUCUUGAACGAGCAACGACGGCAGGAUAGGGAUCAGAAGGAGAAGGAGGAGGCAGCAGCCGAGGCUGGCGAGCAAAUUGAAGAGGCCAGGAGCAAGGAGAACGGCCCGAAGGAGCUCAGACUGAUCAUUAAGGCGGACGUGAGUGGCAGCGCGGAGGCUGUCGCAGGUGCGCUGCAAGGGAUCGGAAACCACGUCGCUCGGACCAAGAUCAUCGCGACUGGUGUGGGCGAUGUGAGCGAGUCGGAUGUCAUGAGGGCGAAGGCUGCGGAUGGCAUGAUCGUCGCCUUUGCAGUCGGCGUCCCUCGUCCCGUCCAGAGCGUAGCAGCCUCUCAGCAGGUCCCAUGGAUUACUUCAACGAUUAUCUAUCGCCUGAUGGACGAUGUGAAGGCGAAGGUCAUCGGGCUGCUCCCGCCGAUCAUCGAGAAGCGCGUGACAGGCGAGGCAAACGUGCUGCAGCUCUUUGACAUCCACAUCAAGUCGAAACAGACGAUGAAGGUCGCGGGAUGUCGUGUGACAAAUGGCCUGGUGGAGAAGAACAAGAUGGCACGGGUGAUUCGCAACGGGGACACUGUUUACGAGGGACGUAUAGAGACGCUGAAGCACCUCAAGAGAGAUGUCACGGAGGUCUCCAAGGGCACUGAGUUCGGCAUGGCCUUCGGGUCCUUCAGUGACCUCCGCGAAGAAGACAUAAUACAAAUGUUCACACAGAUAGAGAAGCCAGGGAUUCUAUGA